GCGACGUGUCGGCGCCUUUGAUCUUUGAUCUGUGACGUGUCGGAGCCUUUGAUCUUUGAUCUGUGGCGUGUCGGUGACAUGAAAUAAACACGGCUUUAGUCUGACAUCCGGUUUGUCUCUCUGUCGACCGUCACCACCGGAACCACCGGAACCACCGGAAGCUGAACAGAGGUCAGAACAUCCGCCCUGCAGUGUUUGUCCUCCACAGGUUCUGAAUCAUGGCGGUCCAGGUGUCCGAGUCCGACCAGAUCAAACAGUUCAAAGAGUUCUUGGGGACGUACAACAAGCUGACGGAGAACUGCUUCAUGGACUGCGUCAAAGACUUCACCACCCGGGACGUGAAGCCUGACGAGUCGAGCUGCUCCGAGUCGUGCCUGCAGAAGUAUCUAAAGAUGACUCAGCGGAUCUCGAUGCGGUUCCAGGAGUACCACAUCCAGCAGAACGAGGCUCUGGCUGCCAAAGCGGGACUGCUGGGACAACCGCGCUGAUCCGGGUCCAGAACACGACCCGGUCCAGCAUGUGGAUCAAGACUGAACGUUGUGUUAAUGUUUGAAAUAGGUUUUCUUUACGUUUCCCUAAAUGUCUGUCUGUGUUGAAAUAAAAUACAUUUUUAUGAAACAUGAA